GCCUGCCAAAAAAGGGGGGAAAAAACUAGAAGUGGAACAUGCCUUUUCACUUGUUUCGGUCGUGGUCGUUUCAGUGUGGGACCGGUGGGAAACGGUCGGUCACUAAUGUCUGCAACACCCGGUGUUUGAGUUGCGGGAUGGAGUUUCGUUGACAGACAGUAACGCUACGUGAAAUUUGUAUUUAGUGUCUCUGUCUACUAACGCAGCGAUAUAUAUCGGAGCACUCCCCCGGGCAACAUGGCGGAUAACAUUAUCAUCAGGAUACAAUCCCCAGAUGGGAUGAAGAAAAUUCCUGCUACCAAGAGGGAGACUGUUGCUGCUUUUAUAAAGAAGGUGGGCAACGAGUUUGGUUUCAAUUCCAACGGGUUUUCUAUUUACCUGAACCGCAACAAGACCGGAGAGAUCCUUUCCCAGAACAAAACUCUCAGCCUGCUUAAGAUCAAGCAUGGCGACAUGCUGUAUCUGUUCCCUUUGGGAUCCCCUUCCUCCUCUGCGGAGGUGAUGGACACUGCCACCCCACACUCCUCUUCAUCCUUGCCAUCCGUCUCAUCUUCCUCGUCCUCUUCUUUAUCCUCCAUGAUCCCCCGGUCCUUCUCAGCACCCCAGGUCCAAGAGGAUGAGAUCGAUCAGUAUCUGACGAAGCAAGAUGGCAAGAUCUACAGGAGCAAAGAUCCACAGCUAUGUCACCAUGGUUCUCUUGGAAAAUGUGUCCACUGUGUACCUUUAGAGCCUUUUGACGAAGACUACCUGAAUCACCUCGACCCCCCAGUGAAGCACAUGUCAUUCCACGCAUACCUUCGGAAGCUGACCGGUGGAGCUGAUAAAGGGAAGUUUGCAGCUUUGGAGAACAUCAGCUGUAAGAUUAAGUCGGGCUGCGAGGGCCACCCUCCCUGGCCGGAGGGGAUCUGCACCAAGUGCCAGCCCAGUGCCCUUACACUGAACAGACAGAAAUACAGACACGUGGACAACAUCAUGUUUGAGAACCACACCAUUGCGGACCGCUUCCUGGACUUCUGGAGGAAGACGGGCAGCCAGAGGAUGGGGUACUUGUACGGCCGGUACACCGAGCACAAAGACAUCCCUCUGGGCAUCAGAGCUGAGGUGGCUGCCAUCUACGAGCCACCACAGAAUGCCACUCAGAACAGCCUGGAGCUGGUGGAUGAUCCUAAAGCGGCAGCUGUGGACGAAAUCGCUGCCAAACUGGGCCUGUGCAAGGUGGGCUGGAUCUUCACUGACCUGCUGUCUGAGGAUACGAGGAUAGGCACCGUCCGCUACACGAGAAACAACGACUCCCACUACCUGAGCGCUGAGGAGUGCAUCACAGCGGGAUACUUCCAGAAUCUACAUUCAAACCCUUGCAGACUCUCUCGAGACGGCCAUUUUGGCUCCAAAUUUGUGACCGUGGUAGCAACAGGCGGUCCAGAUAACCAGGUGCACUUUGAAGGAUACCAGGUGUCCAAUCAGUGCAUGGCUUUGGUGAGAGACGAGUGCCUGCUGCCCUGCAAAGACGCUCCUGAGCUGGGCUACGCUAAAGAGUCCAGCCCCGAGCAGUACGUACCAGACGUCUUCUUCAAGGACACGGACAAGUUUGGAAAUGAUGUCACGUUUCUAGCUCGGCCUCUUCCCGUGGAGUACCUAAUCAUAGAUAUAACAACCACUUUUCCAAAGGACCCCCAGUACACCUUCUGCUCCACACAAAGAUUCCCCAUUGAGAACCGUGAAAUCCUGGGAGAGACACAAGAUUUCCACAGUUUAGCAACGUACCUGUCCCAGUGCACCUCCACGGCAUUCCUGGACGUCGUGUCAGACUUCCAUCUGCUCCUCUUUCUCGUCACCAAUGAAGUCAUGCCUCUGAGAGACAGCAUUGGGUUGCUACUAGAUGCGGUGAGGACUUCUAAUGAAGAUCUGGCACAGACCUGGAAGAAGUCUGAGCAGUGGGCCACCAUCGAGCAGCUGUGCAGUACAGUGGGCGGGCAGCCCUCCAGCUCUCAGGGUUACGGGGCCAUGGGCGGCCCCGCGGCCCCAGCGUCCUCCUCCGCCAUGUGGUCCUGCCUCCACUGCACCUUCAUGAACCAGCCCGGCACAGAGCACUGUGAAAUGUGCAGCUUGCCCCGCGGUUAAAAAAACAAACAAAUACCCUCCCUCCACGCCCUGUCCUGAUCUUAUCCCGCCCAGCCCUCCUCUUAACUGGCCAAUAACAUCGCUGCACCAGGACCCGCUGCGAGAUUUGGAUGCCCCCCUUUUUCUUUUUCACUAUUUCGCCUAACGUUGAAGCCUCUGUCCUUCCCAUCCCACAGGCUGCUGUCUCCAGUGAAAGGGAUGCUCUCGUUUACAUCACAUUCAAUGAGUAAAUAAAAAUAAAUCCAGACUUUUAUUUUUUGUAUCCCGACUCACAGCGGCUCCGAGUGGCAGGGCUCGUUAAGGUAAAGCACUUUUGGAUAAGGCCUCUUUCACUUGCCCCCCCCCCCCCUUCGAAUUAUCAGCCCCUAAAAUAAAUACCCGCUGUGACACGAGACAACAGCAAAGACUCGAGUGUUUGGACGUUCUCUCACAUCAGUGCCCCUCUUACUCUCUCAACAUCUUCUGGAAAAUCUUGCUGUGUAUAAAUACAUUUGAGGAAUGAUACUAUUAUUUAAUUCUUUUUUCUUUUCUUUUUUUAUCGGAUUGUAGCGAUACCGUAACAUUUUGAAUUUUCAGCGUGGACUCCACUCAGUCAGGUUUUUACAGGUCUCUUUGACAAGCCCCUUGAAGUACAAUCAUCGGUCAAAGCUCACACCUGAAAACUCUAAAAGAGAUCCAGAGUAAUUCCACGGAAGUAGAAAGUUUAUAUUUUCUAUAUUAAAUUACUAAAAUAAGUCCCAGAGUUGAAAAGCUAUAACCCCCCCCCCCACUCAUCCUCCACUGAGUUCAGGAGUAACGUGUGCUGUUGGACUGAUGGUCCCACCAACUUGAAGUGGUUUCUUGAGGUCUUUCACUGGUUUUGUUGCAGUUGUAGCGUUUAGAUUUGGUGGUUUUGAACUUGAACAGGCAUUAUAUGUAGCUCAUUUUAUCAGCUAAAUGUUCUGUCUCUGAUAAAACUCCCCAGGACUCAUCCAUCGUCCCCUUUAUAAUUCGUACUGUACUGGCCGAGAGGUGCUUCUAGAAACAACUGGUGCUCGCCACUUCUCGAUCGGUCGCUUGAUUUCUCGCUGCCGCUGGUCCGUGAGUAGUCAGACCAUAGCUCCAUCACUGGGCCUUCGAAGACUUUGCUGCUCAGACACCACUGGGAGAUAAAAUGACCUAACACUUUUCAUCUGAUGUCUGCGCUGUACAUCUGCAAGCAGGAUGACGGCAGUAAGUGUAUAAGGGAGCAUCGUCUGUUUGCUUCCAGCAGGUGGCGCGUCUGAGGAUCACGUAGAGCGACCGGUGUCAGACGCUCCUCGGUAGGCAUGGGUCAGUAUGAGAUUCUGACGGUAUGAUAACCUUCAGCAAAAAUAUCACAAUAUUGCAAUUACAGCUAUAAACUGCACUUCCUGUCCUUGAAUACUCUUUUAAAAAAAAAUGUAAAAAAACAGCUCAGAUCAUAGUAACAGUAUGACAGAAAAUGUUAGUGGUUUUCAAACUGUGACUUUUUCAAACCAUGGUGUACCUUGAAACCCGUAAUCGGACCAUGCUUACGCCUCAAUGGCGCUAAAAAGGCUAAACUAAAGACUAAAAAACAGGUUCACAUUCAAGUUGCAUAAAAAACCAUUUUCCCACUUCGUUUUAUUUAGCCCUCUACCAGUUAAUACGUAUCUGAGAUUCUGCCUUCACCUCAUGGAGGUAAAUCUUAUUUGUGGUGCUGAGAGUAUUGACAUGUGGUUUUUAUAAACAGGAAGUGGAGGCAGAAAUCUCCAUGACUCCUAUGUAUAGAGGCCACUAGUGUCGAGUGGGAAAAUGUUUUUUUAAUUGUGAACACUUUCAGUGAACUUUACAUAUUGCAGUCAGCAGUGGGUGUAUAAAGGUAGUUUGUUAAAACUGGUUCUUUUUUUUUUUCUUUUUACAACAUUUUGGAUUAUCAUUAUUAUUAAUGAGAUGAAUAUGGGGACCAAAACUUGUCACUUGAGGCAUGAGAAGUUCAGCUCUGGUUGGCAUAUCAUCAUGUUUAACAUCUGGCAGUGAAAUAUUACUUUGUGCCGCUCCACCCAAACGCUUGUAACAUUUCUAACAAGCACAUGUUCUUAAAAAUCCAACACGUUGUUGUUUUCCUACACUGUUGCGAGGGAGCUUGUUGAGCUAGGGGGAAGCUUUUUUUUUUGUUUGGUUUUUUAGUACCAUCAUCUGUAGUCCAGAGGUAAAUAUAUUCACAUAUAAACGGCAUCUUAAAGCUAAAAUUGAGUGUUGAAGAUCAUAUUUGACAUAUGUGACCAAAAUGUUCUUGCAUGACUUGAAUGCAUCUGCAAUGUUUCUCUUGAUCAUAUCAAAUUGGAGAAUUGACUUUAAACUCUAAAGUACGAUUGAUA